CUAUCAGCUGCAGCACGUGUAUUUUUGCUAAAAGUUGUUACGUUUGUUACAAAUUCGAUUGAAUAAUUUAAAAACCUCGAGCAAAAUGGUACAGAAAACUAAAAAGUUCAAGCACCGGUACAGGCCGCCUCCGCCGUCAAGUGGGCCGAGAACCCUGCCGGAAGCCUCCUGGAAGCAUGUGAAACUCAGCGGACCGGUGAUCUCUGACGAGGGGGGUGAUUUGGCUGGGUUGAUCGGGUUGGAAAUACUGGAGAAUUACGAUCGGACCUUGGUGACCAAGGACAAAAAAAAGAAACUGAAGAAGGAGCCUCUUCUGGAAGAUGAAAGUGACACCGAGAAGGAGCUGCCGACCAAAAAGGGUGGCGCUAAGAGAAGUGCCGUCAGCGAUAGCGAUGGGGACAGUGAGGAGGAACGUCCUACGAAAAAGAAGCAGAAGAAGGCACAAAAGCAGCGGGAACCGGAACCGAUGUCCGAAGAUUCGGACGAUGAUUCUGGAUUUGAUGACAAACCCGCUAGGAAACAGAAAAAAGCGGAUAAACGGAAGAACAAAUCCGUUCGGGAGGACCAAGAUGAUGAGGAUGAAGUCGAAGAGGAAUUUGUUCCCGGAAGAUUCGUCAUGCUGCAGAAACCCGUCGAAGACGACAGCAAAUCGGACAAGAAGAAAAAGAAAAAGCGCAAGAACAAGAAGAAAAAUAAGGAAAAUGGUACCAUGAAUGGGGAAGGAACCGGGGAAAGUUACUCUGGAGCAGAGUAUUUUAAAUGGACCGAGUUGGGUGUAUCGGAACCGUUUGUUCGUGCCCUGGCCGACAAGGGGUUCCGGGAGCCGACAGAAAUUCAAACUCUUUCACUCCCGGUUGCAAUCAUGGGCAAACGUGAUCUACUUGGAGCGGCAGAAACCGGAAGUGGUAAAACACUUGCGUUCGGAAUUCCUCUCCUGGAAGGAAUUCUGAAGCUCAAAGCCUCGGAACAAUAUCGUCCGCCGAAAAAGUCGAAAGGUACCAAGAAGGAGGAGGAAAAUCGCGAAGGACAUGAACUAACACCACCCCCGGAGGAACUAGAGUACUACCCGCAGCCGAAUGGUGACAAUUCUUCGAUCCGCAUGGAGAAGGAUUUGGAGAAGGAAAAGCAAUCCACGCAGCUGGAUAAGCCUUUGUACGCACUGAUCUUGACUCCGACGCGUGAGCUGGCCGUCCAAAUCAAUGAUCACUUGAAGGCCGUAACCAAGUACACCGACAUUCAGAUAGCGACCGUUUUCGGAGGAUUGGCCACCGUCAAACAGGAGAGGAUGCUGAAGAAAUGUCCCGAAAUUGUGAUUGCGACCCCUGGUAGACUGUGGGAGCUGAUACAGGCCCGGAAUCCGCAUCUCUGCAAGGUGGAUGAAAUUCGAUUCUUGGUAAUCGACGAAACCGAUCGGAUGCUGGAGAAAGGACACUUUGAAGAGCUCAAGCAGCUACUGGAGAUGAUCAACAACAACGAGGAAGCUACCAAACUCAGACGGAAUUAUAUCUUUUCGGCUACCCUGACCAUGGAUCACGAUCUUCCGGAGCAUUUGGUGGCCAAAGCCAAGAAGAACAAGAAGCUUCACCUCACUAAAGAGACAACCGGUCAGAGGUUGAACAAUUUGAUCCAAAUCAUCGGGAUGACCAACCCGAAAGUGGUGGACAUCACCCAGCAGCACGGAACGGCUCACACGCUGAUCGAAUCGCGAAUCCUGUGCAAAGCCGAACACAAAGACUACUAUCUGUACUACUUCCUGCAGCGGCAUCCUGGACGAACCCUGGUCUUCUGCAAUUCGAUCGACUGCGUCCGGCGUCUCGUAUCCUUACUAGGCUAUCUGAACUGCGAUCCGCUCAGCCUGUUUGGCAGCAUGCAACAGCGGCAGAGAUUGAAGAAUCUGGAACGAUUCACUCAAAAUCCCGCUGCAUUGCUCAUCGCCACGGAUGUCGCCGCUCGAGGUUUGGACAUUCCAAACGUAGACCAUGUAAUUCACUAUCAGGUACCCAAAACGACGGAGAACUACGUGCACCGAUCCGGGCGAACAGCCCGUGCCAGCAAGGAAGGUAUCACGGUGCUGUUAAUCGGACCAAACGAGGUCAAGGACUAUGUCAAGCUAAAUCAAUCACUGGGUAGAACCGAAGAUCUGCCGAUCUAUCCGACGUCCGAGCGGAUGAUGAAGCAGAUCAAGGAAAGAGUCAAUUUAGCGUGUGACAUUGAGAAGAUGGAUCUGCACCAGCGGAGAGCGAACGACAGCCGAAGUUGGGAGGACAAGGUGGCAAAGGAAUUCCAGAGUGACUCGGAUGUUGACAGCGAACAGGAGGAAGAGCGGAAACUGGCCAAAGGCAGGGAGAAGCGCCAGAUGAAGGCGAGGCGGUUGGAGCUGAGCAGACUGCUGGCGUCUCCGAUCGUGAUGGAUCGUACGGAGUUGAAAUACCCCACAUCGGCCGCCGCCGUCAAUUUCUCAUCCGAGAAGAAACAAUCCGCCAUCAAACUGGUGCAACAGGUCGUCCAGGAGAACAUUCAGUUCAAGAAGCAACGUAACAAGAAACAGAAGAAAUUCGUGUGAUUUUCAUAAAAGUGCAUAGCUAGCGAAGCGUUUGAAAAAAAAAGCAGAUUUAUUCUUAAAACAAU